UGUAAAUGCAUAGGAAAUCAUAGGAAUAGUGCAUAACAUAAGAAAUAUGAAUAAAGUGUCGAUUCAUGAGGUUUUUGAGGCAAUCAUAUGAUCGACGGAUUUCUCGCUUUGUUUACACGAAUGUGUUGUGAAAGCAGUGAUCGAUUGGUUACUAAUUAAUGCAAUCCUAAGACAAUUGGUGUCCGAAAUGCUGUUAUUAUUGUUGUUGGCAUUGGUUUUGCUGAUAGCCUUAUGCGCGACAAUAGUGUAUGCGUUGGUGUACUUCGGCUUAUUUGACGAGAUAGUGGUGAGGGUUGGGUCGCCUCCCUAUCUCUUCGGGGGUCAGCCGAUCGCCUACAAGAAGCUGAAGUCGUGUUAUUCGGACGCAUCGGCGCUGUUCACCGAAGUCUGUUCAAUAGUUCCCAGUCUUCACACGUUUGGCAUAUACUUAGACGAACCCAAUGACCACAACCGCAAUAACUGCCGAUUUCUGGUCGGAGUUAUACUUAGAGCCGAUUCCGAGGACUUCGAGGCCAACAAAGCUCUCCUCGAAAGCAAAGGCUUCACAUGCGGUCGACUGCCAGACGUGGAUCACGUCGUCCACACUGUCUUUCCCUUCCGGUCUGUCAUUUCUGUGGCCAUUGCUAUCAAACGAGUUUACCCUAUCAUCCGCUCAUAUAUUGUGGAACAUAAUCUUUGCGCUCAUCCGGCGGUCGAAGUGUACGACCAGAAGAGCAUUUACUUCAUGUUUCCGUUGGCCAAACAGAACCAGUUCUACCACUUGUAUGGAUCCGAUGAUAAUGAAGAGGACAGCGAAGACGACAACACCGAAGAGGACGAACCCCAAGAGAAGUUGAUUGACGCCAUCGAUGACGACGACAAUGAAGGCAUUCAAAUGAGAUUAAGAAGUUCUAAGUCCAAGAAGAGCUCAAACAGUAGCACCAGUUCUUCAUUUGAAGAGCUCUUAGCCGACGAGUGUCACAAAGACUCUUAAAUAUGAUCGCAACGGUUAAACUCACUCGUAAUCAAUUCAUUCCCCAAUUUAGUCGAAGAUAUUCCCGCAGCUCUUCUCCUGAUUAUAUCAUUUAGUGUGCAAUCAAUUGGUGACC